AUGAUCAAAAAAAUAAAUAUAUUUCCAUUAAUUGGAAAAUUCUAUAACAAUAAAUGCAAAGUUAGUUUUACAUCUUUACAAUUACUAAAUAAGAAUUUUGAUACAAAUAAUAUUUUAAGUUUUAAAACAACUCUACAUGUAAAUGAAGGCAAUAUGAAAAAUAUGCUGAGUGAUAAAAAUUUCUGUAUUCCUUUGACAAAUUGUAUUAUAUAUGAUAAAAAAGAUAUAUAUAGCGAAAUAAAAAGUAAAAAUAUUAUUAAAAGAAAUAGUACUGAAAAUAUGAAAUUAAACACUCCUUGUAAUUUAGUUAAUAAAGAAAAUUCAAGAAUUUUGUCAUUUAGCUGGUUAAAAAAUGUUAGAAAAAAACAGUAUUACAAUAUUAUAGGUAAAAUAGGUAUAAAAAAAAGAAAUGCUGGGAUGUACUGGAGUUUUUAUGUCAAUAAGAGAAAAAAAAUAAGAAAGAAAAGAAGAACUAUUUAA